AUGCAGGUGUCCAUCGCGUGCACCGAGCAGAACCUUCGCAGCCGGAACAGCGAGGACCGCCUGUGUGGACCCCGGCCGGGCCCCGGGGGCGGUAACGGCGGGCCUGCCGGCGGGGUGCACGGGAAUCCUCCGGGCGGAGGAGGGUCGGGCCCCAAGGCCCGCACCGCAGUGGUCCUCCGACCCCCAGCGCCCCCUGGGGUCCUCCGAGAGAGCACCGGCCGAGGCACUGGCAUGAAAUACAGAAACCUGGGGAAGUCUGGUCUUCGUGUGUCCUGUCUUGGCCUAGGUACCUGGGUCACAUUUGGUUCUCAGAUCUCGGAUGAGACAGCAGAGGACGUGCUGACAGCAGCCUAUGAGCACGGCAUAAACCUGUUUGACACCACCGAAGUGUACGCAGCUGGAAAGGCUGAAAGAACCCUCGGCAACAUCCUCAAGAGCAAAGGGUGGAGGAGAUCAAGCUAUGUCAUCACCACCAAAAUUUUUGGGGGAGGACAGGCAGAGACUGAGCGAGGCUUGAGCCGUAAACACAUCAUUGAGGGCUUGCGAGAAUCUCUGGAACGCCUCCAGCUGGGAUAUGUGGACAUCGUCUUUGCUAGUCGCUCAGAUCCCAACAGUCCCAUGGAGGAGAUUGUUCGAGCCAUGACCUAUGUCAUCAACCAGGGCCUGGCUCUGUACUGGGGGACAUCCCGAUGGGGGGCUGCAGAAAUCAUGGAGGCCUACUCUGUGGCCAGACAGUUCAAUCUGAUUCCUCCCGUGUGUGAACAAGCAGAGCACCAUCUGUUUCAAAGAGAAAAGGUGGAGAUGCAGCUGCCAGAGCUCUACCACAAGAUUGGUGUCGGCUCAGUCACCUGGUCCCCUCUGGCCUGUGGCCUCAUCCACAGCAAGUAUGAUGGGCGAGUCUCAGAUCCCUGCAAGGCCACCAUCAAGUGGCUCAAGGACAAAGUGCAGAGUGAGGAUGGCAAGAAGCAACAAGCCAAAGUCAUGGACCUUCUACCCAUAGCUCACCAGCUGGGCUGCACUGUGGCGCAGCUUGCUAUUGCGUGGUGUCUCCGCAGUGAGGGUGUCAGCUCGGUCUUGCUGGGGGUGUCGAGUGCAGAGCAGCUGAUAGAACAUCUGGGUGCCCUCCAGGUGCUGAGCCAGUUGACCCCGCAGACGGUGACGGAGAUAGACGGGCUCCUGGGGAACAAACCACAUUCUAAGAAAUAG